GUCGGGUCACUGAGCUCAGUGAAGGCUGGUUGGGUAAUUUGUAGCUUUGGCCUUGUAUUGUUGGGCCUCAAUUAGGCCCAAGUUAAAACUACGUUUCCCCCAACGGCCAACGGUCGCUGUGAAUUUGAUCCAGUCCGUCGUCGGUCGCUGGCUCGGCGACAAUAUUGGAGCGCCGCGGGGUGUCGGCGAAUAUGACGUGGCGGUUUUCUGGCGCACUCUCAAAUUACAAAGCAGCGAUCAAAACGUAUCCUGCAAGCACCACUGUUCUUCCUUCGUCUUCUUCAUGCGCGAGCUCGCCUGUUAAUGUGUAGAAACAGCUGGUUGGACGGCGCUUUUUUGCACAGGCAUGCCCACAAUCCUUCUGUGCGUGGCUUUUUCUUCCCGCUGAGCGUUGUUUGUUCUUUUGGGCAUUUUCACGAACGGUUGUUGUGCGAAAAGAUGCCGGGUGGUGGUUAGCGCGAGAAACUAUUCUUCUUGUACUGGUUUCUUCUGCUGGAUCUCGUAGCGCCAAUGAGGAAUGUGAGCGGAAUUCUCAAGCGUCACGGCCGGAUUGCGCUGCUUUCCCGCAUUUCUCGUUUUGAGAGUUCUGCAUUGGCUCCUAUUGGCAGUUCUAGUAGUGUUCUGGCACACGGGGGAAUCAUGGAGAUUAACAAUCGGGCAUGCUCCCUUCAGCAAAGGCUCUUCUCCACGACCUUCACCAGUGUACAUGGCGAGAAGCCUUCUGGGAAGUAUGCAAAGUUAAGGAAAGAGUCUCUCGAAAGUGAAUUUGGACAGGCUCUUGGUAUAUACAGCUCCAGCAAGGCUUCUCACAUCUAUCGAUUUGGUCCAUUUCUGGCGAUUUAUAGAGCUGCAAUCAUCUCAUAUCAUCUCUUCAAGUUAACCAUUUGGCAACUUUUCGUCAAGGAUAUGAGAGAGCGUGCCAUCAUGUUUCGUGAGACUCUAGUCAGCUUGGGGCCUUUCUACAUCAAGGCAAGUGGCUUAUAUGUUAUUUCCGUGAUCAGAAAUCUUGGGCAAGCUCUAAGUACCAGGCCGGAUGUAUUGCCAACUAUAUACUGCCAGGAGCUUGCUAAGUUACAGGAUCAAAUACCACCCUUUCCUACUAAAGUUGCAAUUAGAUCUAUUGAGUCCCAGUUAGGCCGUCCUAUUUCACAAAUCUUUGCUGACAUCAGUCCAGAACCUGUUGCUUCAGCAUCGUUGGGCCAAGUGUAUAAAGCGCAUUUGCAUUCCGGCGAGCUUGUUGCUGUCAAAGUGCAAAGGCCUGGGAUAUCACAUUCAUUAACACUUGAUGCCCUGUUAUUCAAUAUGAUCGGGGGUCAGUUGAAGCGCUUUGCUAAGGCUCGCAAGGAUCUACUGGUUGCUGUAAAUGAGAUGGAAUCUGGUGACAAUCAUACACUGUCUAUUUUGGAUGAUCAGGUCAGGCACAUGUUUGAUGAGAUUGACUACAUUCUAGAGGCAAAAAAUGCUGAACGUUUUGCUACUCUUUAUGGUUGUGAAGCCUCUACAACAGUUGUGGACGAGAAUGAAAAUUAUGUUAAAGUUCCGAAAAUAUAUUGGGACCUCACACGCAAAGCUGUUCUCACUAUGGAAUGGAUAGAUGGGAUCAAGCUUACUAAUGAAGCUCGCCUAAGCGAAGCUUGCUUGGACAGAAGAAAACUGAUUGACCAGGGAUUGUACUGCUCACUAAGGCAAUUGCUUGAAGUAGGAUUUUUCCAUGCUGACCCCCAUCCAGGAAACCUUGUUGCUACUGACAGUGGCCAUCUUGCUUAUUUUGAUUUUGGAAUGAUGGGAGAUAUUCCUCGUCCUUAUCGUGUGGGACUUAUUCAAGUGCUCGUGCAUUUUGUUAACCGUGACUCUCUGGGUUUGGCAAAUGACUUCCUUUCUCUGGGAUUUAUUCCUGAAGGGGUUGACAUAAGAGCAGUCGCUGAUGCAUUGCAAGUAUCUUUUGGGGAUGGUUCAAGACAAUCAAGAGAUUUUGAGGCAAUAAUGAACCAACUAUAUGAUGUUAUGUACGACUUCAACUUCUCCCUUCCUCCCGACUAUGCUCUCGUGAUAAGGGCCCUUGGAUCACUUGAAGGCACAGCAAAGGUACUGGAUCCCAACUUCAAAGUUGUGGAGAGUGCAUAUCCUUUCGUUAUUGGCAGGCUUUUGGCUGACCCAAAUCCCGACAUGCGGAGAAUCUUGAGGCAGCUACUUAUCUCCAACGAUGGAUCCAUCAGAUGGAAUAGACUUGAACGCCUGAUUGCAGCAAUAUCGCAAGAAUCAGCUUCAGAGCCAACCGGUGAAGCUGCUAAUUCUAAAGACGAUUCUCCAAAUACACUCGGAUGGAAAUCGUUUGAUAUGCGUGCUGUCGUCAGUGCAACAGAGGACCUUCUCCUCUUUGUUCUGUCACAGAGAGGAUCAAGGGUGCGCGUUUUCCUCCUCAGGGAUAUGGUGAAAGCAGCCGACGCUUUCAUACAAGACGAAGUAAUAGGCCACAUCUUUGACGACAACCCUCAUCCUGAUGAUGUACAACAAGCAUCAGGAUCCGAGGAACACAAAAUGGUAACAAGGGUGACGAAUGGGUUUCGAUAUCUAGCUCGAGCAAUGAAGAUGGCUCCCGAGGUCUGGACAGCAAUGCUUAUACGAAUGGCGAUGAAGCCCGAGUUCCAUCAAUUCUCCGUCGACGCCGUGUCAGCAUUUGUCAUGCAUUUUAACAGUAGAGUUCCAGAGACUUAUUUUAUCUGUGUAUCUAGACUGCUACAUAAGCUGGCUACAAAAUCCAUAUACAGUGACUCCGUUAGAUGAGAAAAUGGAAAUUUCUUGGUAAAGAGAAGAAGAGUAGUAGCCCUCCGUUAGAUUUAGGAGACCGAUCGUCUUGGUAAUUGGUAAUUGGUCGUUUGGAAGUUGCGAUUGUUAAAUAGAUGUAUUGUUGAGAAUGCAUGUAUAAUAUUAUACAUGUAUUGUCGAAUUUGAUGCAUUGUAGAAUACAACGUUUGGUAUGUGUGAUUGUGAAUGUCGCAUCAGCUAAAAGCUGAGA